UGGAUGACUUGGAUAAAGUUUAGCCUAUUUGAUGUUAGUUUGGCUUUGUAGGUAGCCAUGCUGAGCUCAAGCUUAUAAUAGACGGCUUCUCAUUCAAGGUUCUACACUCCUCUUUAUAAUUUUCCAAUUUGUUCUUCUUUACUCACUUUUUCUUCCCAUAUCCAUGCAGUCUCAGUUUUUGUAUAUCCACAAGAAUGGCUUUUCAAAUAAGAAGGGAUAAUUUGUUCGCAGUAUUCUUGUGCAUCGGUAUGUUAAUGACAGUUCAGAGUUCUGAGACUGAUAUGUACCGUUUAAAAUACAUUAAGAAUUCAUUGGAAGAUCCGUUUAAUGACAAGAGCAUCGAUUUCCAUGAAUCGUUCAAGGGCGGUCUUAUUGUUGGUUAUGUUUUUUCACUCUCUUGUUCUGUUAUGCUGACUUGUAUGAUCUACUCCAAAUGUGUGCAAUUUAAUAAGAGAAAAAACAAUAACCUAAACAAAGCUAAAGAAUUGGGAAAAUAUAUUUGCUCCAUCAUGAGCACGAGGACACGAAUGGUAACUAAUCAGAUGCACGAAUUGUUACAUCCGUGGCUGGCGCGCAAAGAAAUCAAAGAGAUCUCUAUUUUGUUGGGAAGAUUGACUUCAACAAUAUGGUUAGAAGAACUCCGGGACACAACCGACUGUUUUGCUAUAGACAACGCCAUUGGGGUGGGAAAGAUGGGAAUGAUGUAUCAGGGAAAUCUACCAAAUGGUCAGUUACUAGCCGUUAAGAGACUAUCUAACUAUCGUCUUUUUGAAAGGCAGUUCCUUUUAGAAACAACUAUUAUGAGUAGGUACAGACAUAAAAAUAUAGUUCCCAUGCUUGGAUUCUGCAUUGAAGGAAAGGAAAGGCUUUUGGCAUAUGAAUACAUGUCAAAUGGAAGGCUUUCCAAAUGGUUGUACCCUUUGAAAAGUGAAGUCAUCCGACUGAAAUGGCCUGAGAGGGUCAACAUUGCACUUGGAUUAGCAAGAGGAUUAUCAUGGCUCCAUCAUAGCUGUGAUUUGGGCAUAGUGCAUUUUAAUAUAUAUUCACAAUGCAUAUUGCUAGAUGAGAAUUUUGAACCCAAAAUAUCCAAUUUUGGGCAGGCGAAAUUUAUGAAUCCCAACAUUGAAGAUCAUCUCAGCACGAUGUUUAAAGUGAAUGACGGGAAGAAGGAUGUCUACGACUUUGGAAGUGUGCUUUUUGAACUGAUUACAGGAAAAACAUAUAACGAACUGACUCGUUCAUCCACCACCACUAAUCUCUAUGAUAACCCUUCAAAUUUUUAUAAUGCCAUUGAUAAAUCUCUGCCUGGGCAAGGAUUUGAAAAUGGAGUAUGUGCUCUCCUAAAGAUUGCAUGUGAGUGUGUUAAACCUAUAAACCAAAGACCAACAAUGCUUGAAGUUUACAACAAUUUGAGCAAUACAAGUAAGUCACAAUACGUCUCUAGUGGUGAUUCUAACCCAACCGGUGGAUCACAAAUUGCUUCUGGUAUUCUAUAGACGAAAUAACCGAGUUAUAAAAAAAUUAGGGCAGGUUUUUGCAUACAUAGGCUUUGUUGCUAUUUUGAAGAAAAAAAAAAUUGUGUUACCCUUAGCAUCAUCCUAAUAAAAGUUGUACAGCUCUCCUAAGCAAAUUUACUCUUGAUGCAUUAUUUUUUCAGAUAAGCAAAUUUGCUCUCAGUUUGUUAUUGGUCAAAUAUGUGUAUAAAGAAAGUGAACUUGGUGUCUCUUAAUCUCA